AGCAGACGGCGACACGACGCAAGUCGACGAAUUAGGUUAGAGUCGUGCAGUAAAGUGACAGUAUUUUGCGAUUCAUAGAUUUUUCGCCUGUUCAUUUUUUCUGUAGCAUCGACGAGUGUGAACCGGUAAUACUACCGUGAAAAUUUAGCGUAGCCGUUAAUAAUUGAAAGAUGUUGAUAAAAGUGAAGACUCUUACAGGGAAGGAGAUCGAAAUAGAUAUAGAACCAACAGACAAGGUAGAGAGAAUUAAAGAAAGAGUGGAAGAGAAGGAGGGAAUACCACCUCAACAGCAGCGAUUAAUAUUCUCUGGCAAACAGAUGAACGACGAGAAGACUGCACAAGAUUACAAAGUCCAGGGCGGUUCGGUGCUGCAUUUGGUACUUGCGUUGAGAGGAGGCUGUAGAUAUAACAUUCCUCAUUUAUAAACGACAGCGAGAGAAUAUUAAGGAAUUGUGAGAGCCAGAGAAAGGAAAAAAAA